UCUCUCUCUAAAAAAGUCGCAACAUUUGAGGAGCCUUCAUUCGUUAGCUGAGCCCUAGCCUCCUCCUCCUCCUCAUCUCCUCACCCCGCCUCCCCGGUGCCUACGCCGGCGGCAGAAAGCUACCGUCUUUCGCCGUCUCCGAUCUGUUCAUCUGAAGGAACUAAUCCAAGGUGUGAUAUUUGCUACUUCGAACGGCUUUUAUUAUCUUGUAGUUGAUACUGCUUGACAAUUAUGGAUGGCCGGACUCUCUUAAUCACUUAUUCACCCGAGAUUAUUGACGGUGAACCUAUCCUCAUCUCAUCAAAUUCCUUCCCUGUGAAAGCAUCACGUUUUGAACCAGCUGGGCUUGCAUUUCAUUUAGCUGCACUUAAACUUUCGGGCUUUGAGGAGGAAGAAGAUGCAGAUGCAGAUAACCAAAGUGAAGUAUCAGAUGACAAAGGACAAACUUAUAUGACAUCUUCAGAUUCCUAUAGUACAAAAGGCAAAAAGAAAUCAGGUUCUGGUAACAAGCAACAAGAUCAUUAUGCACUGUUAGGCUUAGCGCAUUUGAGGUUUCUGGCUACUGAGGAACAAAUACGAAAGAGUUACCGUGAGACUGCUUUGAAGCAUCACCCUGACAAGCAAGCUGCUCUUCUUCUGAACGAAGAAACAGAAGAGGCAAAGCAGGCAAAGAAGGAUGAGAUAGAAAAUCACUUCAAAGCCAUUCAAGAAGCAUAUGAGGUUCUAAUUGAUCCCGUGAAGAGAAGAGUUUAUGACUCAACAGAUGAGUUUGAUGAUGAAAUUCCAACUGACUGUGCCCCACAGGACUUCUUCAAGGUAUUUGGCCCGGCAUUUAUGAGAAAUGCGAGGUGGUCUGUUACCCUGCCAGUUCCCUCUCUAGGAGAUGAGAGAACUCCACUGAAAGAGGUCGACAGUUUCUAUAAUUUCUGGUACGGUUUUAAGAGCUGGAGAGAAUUCCCACAUGCUGAUGAGUUUGAUCUUGAACAAGCUGAAUCUCGAGAUCACAAGAGAUGGAUGGAGAGGCAGAACGCAAAGUUAAGAGAAAAGGCGAGGAAGGAAGAGCAUGCUCGGGUCCGGACUCUUGUUGAUAAUGCUUACAAGAAAGACCCAAGAAUACUUCGGAGGAAAGAAGAGGAGAAGGCAGAGAAGAAAAGGAAAAAAGAAGCAAAGUAUUUGGCCAAGAAACAGCAAGAGGAAGAAGCAGCAAGAGCUGCUGAAGAGGAGAGACGUUUGAAAGAAGAAGCUGACAAAAAAGCAGCUGAAGCUGCUUCGAACCAGAAGAAACAGAAGGAGAAGGAAAAGAAGGUUCUGCGCAAAGAAAGAACUCGCUUGCGCACGCUCUCUUCAUCCAUUGUGUCAAAAACCUCUAUUGAUAUUUCAGAAGAUGAUGUGGAGAGUGUAUGUAUGUCACUUGACAUAGAUCGGCUUAAAUCUCUAUGUGACAAGAUGGAGGGAAAGGAUGAAACUGAUAGAAUUCAACUGCUAAAAGAUGCACUAGGCAAAGGAAACUCAAAUGUACCAAAACCAGAAGAGAAGAGUCCACAUGUAAAUGGAGUUGGGAGUCAAAUCAAGCCAGGUAGUGUACUAAACAACUAUGAGAAGAAAGAGAGGCCAUGGGGAAAAGAAGAAAUUGAAAUGCUACGAAAAGGGAUGGUAAAAUAUCCAAAGGGAACGUCUCGGAGGUGGGAGGUGAUCUCAGAGUAUAUUGGCACCGGAAGAUCAGUUGAAGAGAUACUGAAGGCAACAAAGACUGUUCUUUUGCAAAAGCCAGAUUCUGCUAAAGCUUUCGAUUCUUUUCUUGAAAAAAGAAAACCUGCACAAGCUAUUGCAUCGCCUCUUACAACUAGAGCAGAAUCUGAUGGUGUACCUCUUACUCUAAAGCAAGAGAAGUCUGAUGAAAAAGCAACGAAGGAAACUCCGAGUAGUGAUGGUCUUGCAACUAAUGGAGUUUCUUCCUCAAAUGCUGAGGAUAUUUGGUCUGCUGUUCAAGAGAGAGCUCUGAUUCAGGCUCUUAAGACAUUUCCAAAGGAAACUGCUCAGAGGUGGGAGAGGGUUGCUACUGCUGUUCCUGGAAAGACUGUGAACCAGUGCAAAAAGAAAUUUGCGUUGAUGAAAGAGAGCUUCCGGAACAAGAAAAGCGCUGAUUAAUUUGCAUAUUUCUUUCCGUUGCGUAGGGGGCAGGCUUCACACAUAGAAUUAUUUUCCAUAAAGUUUGGUUUCAUUUUGCCGGUGAGAUACUACUUGGGGUGGGGGGUGAGGGGGCGAAAGAGCAUUAUAGUCGUUGGGUAUCUUAGAUGAGAAUUAAUUUUCACACCUACAUUGAGUUUUUCUUGUUUCUGUAAUUGUAAGGUUCUAGUUUGCUAUUUGAAGCGGAUGUUGGGCUGUGGAAAGUUUUGCUGUUCGAAGUAGGUGUUGGGGUGAGAAAUUGAGAAUGGAGAAUCAGCUGAUUUGUUGCUGUAAAUG